AUGGCACUCACUGCUCAACCUGCCACGCAUCCCAACUGGGGUCGCUGGCCGCAGAACAUGCCCAACGACUUCAACAUGAUGGACGGUCAGGGCUACUUGCCUUACGACGCGCGCGGCCCUCCUGCUCCUCAGAUGCAACACCAGCAGCCGCAACGCCACAUGGCUCACUAUGUCGUUGGCCCGGCUUACCACUCGCAACAGGCGCCUCCCACGUUCACUACUCCUCAGUAUCAGGCUCCUCCCGCUUUCCAAUAUGUGCCUUAUCACAGCCCGUCGCCAACUUCGCCCGUUGGCUCGCCAUUCCACAAUGAAUAUCAGGAGCGUCAACUGCCCCAGCUUGACCAGGGCCGCAUGAUCUUUCAGCGCGACUCCAAGUCUCUUCACGAUAUGCAAAUUCCUUCGCCUUCCACUCGCAGCGACUCUCUGGCGUCCAACAGCCGCUCUUCCGUUUCCUCGCACCCUACUGCCAACGCCAAGACGAUUACGUACAACGAGACCAUCAACCCUGGAGACAGAGUCAACUUCGAGACCGAAGUCGACGAGCUCAUGAAGGCUAUCCAGAGAAAGAAGGCCGAGGCCAACAUGGAGGCUUCUCAGGGCCCUACUCCUGCUCAUACCCCACGUGCUGACCACACUGAACCUUCCACUCCCGGAAGCAUCACCGCACCUGCUGAGAGCAAGCCAAAGAAGAAGUGGGUUUGCGAUGGCCCCAGCUGCAACAAGAGCUUCGUACAGAAGACUCAUCUGGACAUCCACCGCCGCACACACACCGGCGCCAAGCCCUACGUCUGCACCAAGGAGAAUUGUGGCCUCACCUUCUCUCAGCGAGGCAAUGUCCGCUCCCACGAGGAGACGCACAAGGGUAUGAAGCCCUUUGUCUGCAAGCUCGAUGACUGCAACAAAACUUUCUCCCAACUCGGAAAUAUGAAGACGCACCAGAACAACUUCCACAAGGACACCAUCAAGAGACUCAUUCCCAUGUUUGCCACGUUCGCCGCUGAGGGCGAUAUUCCCGAGGAGUACCAAGAACUUUUUGAGUACUUCAACGAGCAUUACAAGAACAGCAACAAGGGUGUCAAGGGCCGUGGCAAGGCACGCACCGUCGCCGCCCGCAAGCCCAAGGGUCAACCCCGAUCCCAGAGCCUCUCUGGCGCUGUUCAGCAGCAGCCUUUGCCUCAAAUUCCCCGACACCACAGCCUGUCUGCCUACGACCUGACCAGCCAGGCCACCGCUCCCGGCAUGGCAAGUAUCCCCAGAACGCACAAUCCGGAGUACACCAUGUUCGACCAGGCAGAUGUUCUCUACGAGGACGAGCACGGUCACCACAUGAGCUUUACCGACCGCCUGUACUAA